AAGCAAACUGUUAAGGCUAGUGCGCCAACCCGUGUCUGUGCAGCACUUAGGUAAAUAAAACUCCUGAACAAAUAAGGUAGUUGUGAUGGAUUUAAACCAUUUUUCCUAUUCACUGGAUUUAAUUUGUGGGAAAGGACAGACUCUGAGUGCUGAACACAGAGCAGCUCUGCACACCUCACUGAUUAUUCUGAAGAGAAACUACAAGUUUAGCCGGGUUCUGUUCUGGGGAAAGAUCUUCGGGAUUAAAAAUGAUUAUUUUAUAGCGCAGGGGGUUGGAGAUGAUGAACUAAACGACAAGAAAUAUUUAUACAGUUUUAACUGCAUGGAUUGGCAUUUACUUCCUCCUGCCAGCGAUGCUCUAAUAGCAGAGGUGUCUGUGGCUGCCAAAGGGCAUUUCACUGGUGACCCAUCACACGAAUAUGAGCACACAGAGAUCCAACAUCAGAGCCAAGAACAUCAUGCAGCGGAGGAGGAGGUUACGGUGAAAGUGAAUGAAGAGAAGAGGUUGGCCGUGACCGUGUACAAUAUUGAUAGAGAGGUGGCUGUUGUACCACGUGGCGCAUACAUUAAGAGCCCUCAUGGCUCAGUACAGACUAACCGCAGCUUUGAGGGCCUGAACCCCUCAGAUGCAGCAAAGUUGAGCAGCUACCUACAUUUUUCUGAGGCCAGGAACCUGAAGAAGAAAUCAAUCUUAGACUUGGCUAAUCUAAACCCUUCUAGUGAUUUCCUGGAUCCUUUAAGUGAGGACAUACCCAAAGGAUCCUGGAGUCUACAAUUUGAGCAAGGCAAAAGAGUAUGUGUGAUUCGAAGUCUCCUCUGGCUUGGUCUGACCUUCUUCCACAUGCCCAUGAGCCCUCAGCAUGGAUACAUCUAUAUUGGACAUGGCAACAAGAACCUGGACUUGCCUUUUAUGCUGUAGGGAGACUACAAAAACACCCUGAUUCAAUUAAGAGAUGCUGUAAAUGCUGAAAAGUCAGUGUCCUUAUUUUUCUUACUAGCAUACAAAUAAAACAGCAAGUUUAAGGACUCAA